GUCACAACCCGCCGCAUCUCGACCAGGAGUUUGGGUCUGUGUCCAUCCACGCUUGCCUUUCCAUCUCGACCUAGCCCUGCUUGACUGCCCACACGAUGCCUUAUUAGGGGACAAUCAUUCGAGGUGCGAAGUCGUAUCGCUUCACUCAUUCUUCUCAUCCUUCGACAAUGUCGUCGCUCCCCUCGUCCCAGGGCGGCGGGCCCGACGUCAUCUUCUACCACCUCCCGCCGAACUUCGCACAAGCAUUCUCGUCCUGAUGCAGAUCUUUGCCGCAUUCCUCGGCAUGUCAAUCUUCGACCUUGUCUCUCAUUUCACCUUUGACGUCCAGCUUCUGUUUUCCAAAGGAUGGAGGGAGCCCUUCAAAGUCAUCGCCCGGCUCAGCUAUUUGACCUGCCGCUACACCUCCCCUGUCCUGCUCACUUGCGUCAUCAUCUUUAUGACGGUACCCAUCAAGGAUUGCGCCAGCUUCAUCACCGGCGUCAAUGCUGUGCUCGUCCUCAACCUCAAUGCCGUCUCGCUCAUCUUUGUGCACAGAACCAUGGUCCUCUGGGACUGGGAGGCUCGCGUCGUCAUACCUUUGAUCUCUGCUUGGCUCUGCGUUCUGGGCGUCUCCAUCGUCGUCUUGCCCUGGUACGGUGUCGGGAUGUCGCUGCCAAACUCCAACUUCUGCAUCUUUGACACGAGACGGGAGGAACGGAUGCCCUACACACUCAGCUACAAGAUCACAUCUCUUGCGCUCGACUUUGCCAUCAUGUGCCUCACAUUGCACCGCCUCCUCGAAGGGGGUUUGCGCAGUCUCUUCACCGGCAAGGGCCGUUCCUUUAUUGGCAACACUGGUCUCUCCAAGACAUUGGCUCGGCAAGGCUUCCAAUUCUUCUGCCUCCAGGUCAUCACCGACGUUGUUUUCCUGAUCCUCUACUGGUCAUUCCCCGCCAGCGAAUGGACCUUUCAAUUAGCCGGCAGCGCCAUGGUCUUCUGCGUACCAACAAUCUUGGCUGGCAAGGUAUUUCGCGAUGCUCGCAAGGUGGUCGUUGCUGGCGCCACUUCACAAGGAUCCCGUGGCGAGAGUGGAACGGAUCAGAAUCGGUCGUUGCGGAAAGACCGCGAUUCGCAGCAUGGUGCAAACUCGUACAGCGCAACCGCGUCGCCCCUGUCGUUCCACGAGGGCCGACGUAGGCGCCAUCCUUCAGAAUCGGACUCCGAGGGCCUCAGGAAAGAAGAGGACAUUGAGCUUGCCGAAGAGUGUGAUCGCAGUCCCUCAAGGGGGAGGAGCAGGAGCUCUAUGGGGCCUCUCGGAUUAGGAAUUAUCGCCAAGAGCCCCUUUUCGCGGGGACGGGAAAGCCAAAUCUUUGCGUCUUCGAGAGUGGCAGGCAUUCUUCCAUUGACAUCGAGCGAUCAUGUAGGCGAGCUGGCCUCUGAGAGUCCCUCGCUGCCAUACAGCCAUCAAGAAGCAGACGAGGAAGCCGUGGCAAGGGCCUGGCCCCGCCUCUCUCGCAAACACGUCGCCAAUACGACCACGAGCAGAAAUGAGCCGACUUCGACGUCCUUUGCAGGCCUCAUCGCCACAAAUGGUGAGCCAGGGCCAGACCAGGCGCCUUUUGCCGCGCACGAGACUAUGGUACAGGAGAGCAACUCUUGGUCGCCCCAUACGCCUCUUGAUGCAUAUCCUUUCAGCCCGGAACCGGCACGGCUCCGCCCAGAGUCGCCCGAUCUGCUCGGUAAUGCUGAGACUUCUAAGCUCUACUGAAGCUGUCUCUCCCUCGGGAGUCCAAGCUCGACCCCCACUCGUGGCCGACAAAGGGACAAAUUUGCCGCUUCCCAUCGUCCGUAGCACACAUUCUUUCUUCCAUGGUCGAGUCUGUCAUCCACAAGCAUCAACCUGUACUCUAGACUGCACACACACACACACACACACACACACACAUUCACUCUCUACAUUACUUUCUGAGACGUUUGAUUGUGUCCAGACUCGCAAACUCACUCAAUCCUCUGCAAUAUCCUGUCC